AAACCCCAACAAAAAAGUUACACUACCAUAACAGAGCAUAGCAUGGCCAUAGCAGAAGCAGAGCAUACUCUGAAUCACAACUCUGUUUUUCUCCCUCAUAGCCUCACCAUGGACAUGGAGAGAGGACCCAGAUACAAAGCAUACUCUGAGUUGAGAGAAAGAAAGCUUCUAAUGAAGUACCUCAGAGAGCAAGAACAACAAGAACCUGAAAAACCAAAGCUUAUUCCAACCCCACCAAGGAAACAGGUCAAGUUUCAAUCUAUUUUGGCCCCUGCAUCUGCUGGGAGAAAAGGGUCUUCUUCUUCUUCCUCCUCUGUUCUUGCUCAGUCUGUGCCUGAUUUCUCUGCAGCCUUGAGGAAGGAGAACAGGAAGCCGCCGGUGAACAACACAGUGAUGGAGCUGACACCCCCAUCGAAGAGAGGUUGUGGUAUUUUGUCCAGUUCAAGAGGGAGUAUGUCAGCAAAUGGUGGAGAAAAGAGAAGGGGUGGUGGUGGGGUUCUCAUGGCAAGGAAGAGCUAUGCCAACAUUGAUGAACUCAAGAGGUUUUGCUCUGCUACUGCCAAUGCCAUCAAUGGUGAGAACAGAGGAGGAAGGAGUGGCAGAGUGGUGGUGAAGAGAACAGUUUUAGGUUGCAGAGAGAUUUGAGUUCAUUGUUUCAUUGCUUGUUCAAUUUGAAGUUGUGAGAGGCUUUGUUGUUGAUGGUGCCUUCAUUGCUCAUUCAUUUUUCAAAUUUUUUUUGAAGUUUCAAUUUGCACUUUCUGUCUUGGUGAUUGACAAUUGUUGAGGGAAACUUGCAGUAUUAAGUGUAAAGCUAGUGAGAUUUAAGCAUUGAACACAUGACACUACAAUAAGAAUAAUAGUUUUAAUAUUCCCCCUGUUAA